AUGGGCAAUACGGGUAAUGAGAAGGAACCCGUCAUUCCUGUAAGCAACAUUGAGGUAGAUUCUGGCAUGUACUACCAGGUGGGGGACGAUGAUGAGGACCAAAGUUCCGGGAAUAGCCAAAGCGAAUGUGUUUCUCUAACAUCGAGUAUCACUGACUACCCCUUUGAACAUGGUAGGAGGUAUCAUAAAUAUGCAGAAGGCCAAUACUUUUUGCCAAACGAUGAGACGGAGCAAGAUCGCCUCGAUAUGCAUCAUCAUAUAUUCCUCAAACUACUAUACGGCAAGCUUACUCUCGCACCUCUGGAUCAAUACCCUCCAAGGCGAGUUUUGGAUGUUGGCUGUGGAACUGGAAUUUGGGCGCUUGAUAUGGCGGAAUUAUAUCCCGAGGCAGAAAUCGUCGGAAUUGAUCUGAGCCCAAUUCAACCAAACCUGGUACUUCCGAAUUGUCGAUUCGAAAUUGAUGAUGCAGAACUAGAAUGGACAUACCCGCCUAACCACUUCGACUUUAUCCAUUCCCGGAUGCUCUCUUCCUCUAUAAGGGACUGGGUUCAUUAUAUGGGUCAAAUAUACAAACACCUUACCCCUGGUGGUCACGUCGAGAUAAUAGAGCAUGCCUUGGAACUUGGUUGCGAUGAUAAUAGCUACCCCGCCGAUUGCCCAUUGUCGAUAUACAUGAUUACCUGGAAAAAGGCCCUCGAUAUAAUGGGCCUUGCAAACAUGCCAGUGAAAGCGAAGGAGUAUCUUGAGGGCGCUGGCUUCAUAGACAUUACAGAAGAAAUCAGACACAUGCCAGUGGGACCUUGGCCUAAAGAUCCACACUUGAAAGAAAUAGGACACUGGGCUUUAGUUAACACUGAAACGAGUUUCGAGGCUUAUGGACUAGCCCUAUUUACACGGGUGUUGGGUAUGAGCGCAGAGUCGGCGCGGGAAUUAUGCUUGGGAGCUCAGCGGGAUUGUGGUAAUAGACACAUUCAUGUUUAUCUUUCAAAUUUCUUCUACCUGGCUAGGAAGCCGUAUGAUAUCAAUGUAGAUCACCCAGGGGGCAUGUAG